GCCGCGACCCACGUGUCCCGUGACGUCAGAGCAGGAAGUGUUUGAGGAAGUGGCGCCCGUCUGGCGGCUCCGAGGGCCCCGCACGUUCAUGUCUUCGGGGCGGCGCCCGCGCCCCGCCGCCAGCGUUAGCCGGACUUCAGUAUGAGCUGGUCACCUUCCCUACCAACCCAGACAUGUGGGGCCUGGGAAAUGAAAGAGCGGCUUGGGACAGGGGGAUUUGGGAACGUCAUCCGAUGGCACAAUCAGGAGACGGGCGAGCAGAUCGCCAUCAAGCAGUGCCGGCAGGAGCUCAGUCCCCGGAACCGUGAGCGCUGGUGCCUGGAGAUCCAGAUCAUGAGGAGGCUGAACCACCCCAACGUGGUGGCCGCCCGGGACGUCCCUGAAGGCAUGCAGAGCCUGGCUCCCAACGACCUGCCUCUGCUGGCCAUGGAGUACUGCCAGGGCGGGGACCUGCGCAAGUACCUGAACCAGUUUGAGAACUGCUGCGGCCUGCGGGAAGGAGCCAUCCUCACCUUGCUGAGCGACAUCGCCUCUGCGCUUCGAUACCUUCACGAGAACAGAAUCAUCCAUCGGGAUCUGAAGCCAGAGAACAUCGUCCUGCAGCAAGGGGAACAGAGAUUAAUACACAAAAUUAUUGAUCUGGGAUACGCCAAGGAGCUGGACCAGGGCAGCCUCUGCACUUCCUUCGUGGGGACCCUGCAGUACCUGGCCCCCGAGCUGCUGGAGCAGCAGAAGUACACGGUGACCGUGGACUACUGGAGCUUCGGCACCUUGGCCUUCGAGUGCAUCACCGGCUUCCGGCCUUUCCUGCCCAACUGGCAGCCGGUGCAGUGGCACUCCAAAGUCCGGCAGAAGAGCGAGAUGGACAUCGUGGUGAGUGAGGACCUGAACGGGGCCGUGAAGUUCUCCAGCUCGCUGCCGCACCCCAACAACCUCAACAGCGUCCUGGCCCAGCGGCUGGAGAAGUGGCUUCAGCUGAUGCUGAUGUGGCACCCGCGCCAGAGGGGCACCGACCCCGUCUACGGGCCCAACGGCUGCUUCAAGGCCCUGGACGACAUCUUGAACUUGAAGCUGCUUCACGUCCUGAACAUGGUCACAGGCACCAUGCACACGUACCCUGUGACCGAGGACGAGAGCCUGCAGAGUCUGAAGGCGCGCAUCCGCCAGGACACUGGCAUCCUCGAGGAGGACCAGGAGCUGCUGCAGGAGGCGGGGCUGGCCCUGAUCCCCGACAAGCCCGCCGCGCAGUGCCUCUCAGACGGCAAGCUGAACGAGGGCCGCACGCUGGACAUGGACCUCGUUUUCCUCUUUGACAACAGCAGGGUCGUCUAUGAAAGCCAGGUCUCCCCACAGCCCCAGCCUGAAAGCGUCAGCUGCAUCCUGCAAGAGCCCAAGAGGAACCUCCCGUUCUUCCAGCUGCGGAAGGUGUGGGGCCAGGUCUGGCACAGCAUCCAGGCACUGAAGGAAGACUGCAGCCGCCUGCAGCAGGGCCAGCGCGCAGCCAUGAUGAAUCUGCUGCGGAACAACAGCUGUCUGUCCAAGAUGAAGAACUCGAUGGCUUCCAUGUCCCAGCAGCUCAAGGCCAAGCUGGACUUCUUUAAGACCAGCAUCCAGAUUGACCUGGAGAAGUACAGGGAGCAGACAGAGUUUGGGAUCACGUCAGACAAGCUGCUGCUAGCCUGGAGGGAAAUGGAGCAGGCCGUGGAGCUCUGCGGACGGGAGAACGAGGUGAAGCACUUGGUGGAGCGGAUGAUGGCCCUACAGACGGACAUCGUGGACUUGCAGCGCAGCCCCAUGGGCCGGAAGCAGGGUGGCACGCUGGACGACCUAGAAGAGCAGGCGCGGGAGCUUUACCGCAGGCUGAGAGAGAAACCGAGAGACCAGCGGACUGACGGUGACAGCCAGGAAAUGGUGCGGCUGCUCCUGCAGGCCAUCCAAGGCUUUGAGAAGAAAGUGCGAGUGAUUUAUACGCAGCUCAGUAAGACUGUGGUCUGCAAGCAGAAGGCCCUGGAGCUGCUGCCCAAGGUGGAGGAGGUGGUCAGCCUGAUGAGCGAGGAUGAGAAGACGGUGGUGCGGCUGCAGGAGAAGCGGCAGAAGGAGCUCUGGAACCUCCUGAAGAUCGCAUGUAGCAAGGUCCGGGGUCCCGUCAGUGGAAGCCCAGACAGCAUGAACGCCUCCCGCCUGAGUCACCCUGGCCAGCUGAUGUCGCAGCACUGCGCGGCUUCCGACAGCUUGCCCGAGGCUGCCAAGAAGAGUGAAGACCUGGUGGCCGAAGCGCACACCCUUUGCGCCCAGCUGGAGAACGCCCUGCAGGACACCAUGAAGGAGCAGGACCAGAGUCUGCGGUCUCUAGACUGGAGCUGGUUGCAUUCGGAGGAGGAGGAACAGCAGAGCCUGGAGCGGGCCUCGUGACGGUGGGCGGCCCUGGCCGUGAUGGGCCGCCUGGCCCCAGGCCCCAGCGUCAUCGCAUCCGGCGUCCUUGGCACCCAGAUGGAGAUCGCGCUCCUCCAGCAGCCGUGACGGUCGCCGUGGACCGAAGGCGUGGCCCUCCGUGGGCACGGCCAGCAGCUUGUCCACUCGCCGGAUUUCCUCUGCUGCAGAGGCCCAGCGGACGUGGAUGCAGGGGGGCAGCAUGUAGGAGAUACUGCCGGGGCCACCACUGCCCCCGCAUGGGGAGAGGAGUGCUCCAGACACAGUGGCCACACCCAACUGGCUCCCAGGACGAAGUCUGAGUGGCGCUCAGUGCCGGCUGCCUCCUCCUGACCCCUCCUGCUCUCCAGAGGAGGCCUGUCUUCAUGGCUCACGGUUCAUCUGGAUCUGGCUUCUCUUGCGCAGACCUCGAAACCACAGAUCCCGCCCUGCCCCAUCCUCCUUCCUCCUGUGAUCUCACUGCUGCUAACGUUUGUCCUUCCACCUGCGACCUGCAGCCAGGCUGCGGUCCUUCCAGCCAGCAUGACUGUCUGGAGCCAGGAGGGAACACCAUCUCCCUUCCUGCAGGUCCCAAAGAGUCCCUGGGAGCGAGCUGCCUUGGAGAAGAAGGAAAGAAGGAAUGGGUGUCUGUCACCCACGAGCCUGCUGACCCCCUGUGCCCACAGCCCUGCCCCGUGUGUGGCCGUGGGGGGACGGGGGAGGUCCCGUCCCUCGUAUCCUCUCACGGUGUUAUUUAGUGAAUUAUUUAAAAAACAGAUUCUUUAUUUUGGAACAUGACUCAGAUCUUACUAUUUUUGUAAUACCUCUGGUUAGGACUUAAACUCAAAACCCAACUGCGAUGGAACAUUUGAAGAAAUUGAGCGGUGCCAGAGCCCGCACUGUCUCUCUGUCGUCUCACGAAAGCUUCUCCUCCGUGUAACAGAAGGGCUGCAUGGUGAGCUCGGGUGAUCCCGAGCAGGCAGGUGUGGUUGGAGAAGAAAGCCAGACGAGAAGAGUUUCACAGAGUGCCUUCUGUGGAGGCGGUACCGUGGGUUCCAUGUAAAGGACAUUGGGGAACAGCGGUUCAUGCUUUAAGUGCCUCUUAGAGAUUCACGUUGUGCACUGGUUUACUGAAGGAUCUGAAAGUCCCGUGAUAAUAAACUGGCUUCCUUCUGCCUAAA